AUGCCAAUCACCAACAAACCAAUCACCAACAUGCCAAUCACCACCAUGUCAAUCACCAACAUGCCGAUCACCAACAUACCAAUCACCAACAUGUCAAUCACCACCAUGCCAAUCACCAACAUACCAAUCACCAACAUUCCAAUCACCAACAUACAAGUCACCAACAUGUCAAUCACGAACAUGCCAAUCACCAACAUGCCAAUCACCACCAUGCCUAUCACCAACAUGCCAAUCACCAACAUGCCAAUCACAACCGUGUCAAUCACCAACAUGCCAAUCACCAUCAUGCCAUUCACCACCAUGCCAAUCACCACCAUGCCAAUCACAAGGGUGUCAAUCACCAACAUGGCAAUCACCAACAUGCCAAUCCCCACUGUGCCAAUCACCACCAUGCCAAUCACCACCAUGCCAAUUACCACCAUGCCAAUCACCACCAUGCCAAUCACCACCAUGCCAAUCACCACCAUGUUUAGUAGCCGGUUCAUUUGA